UUGUUCGAGGUUUCAAGUCGAGUUCGCGACUCGCCGUUUAGUCAGUGACCAAGUGUGUGGUGAACCAAAUCCGUUUCUUCUGCCAUUAAACAUUAUUUUGAAAAUUGCGCUGACAAAGUCCAAGGAAAGAAGCAUUAGAACCCUGUAUACUGGAGUAUUCCCUAUCUGCAUCAGGAAUUGGCAACAACUGCAACAAAGAAUCGAUCGCUUUUUUUCGGCUGGGCUCUUGCACUCUAGAUUAAAAAACCCAUAAAAUAUAGCAGAGUAAAGAAGCAAGUAAAAAAGUAGAGAAGCAGACGGAUCGGCCGAUCAUCUAUAUACUAGAGGCUUUCAAUCACUGUGGAAUCGGACACAUUCCGUACUGCCUCUUAUAUAUGGCGACGAGCGGCUGCUGCGCAUUUGUGUUUGUCCUGAACCAGAUUGACAUCAUCGGUGCCAGGGAGCAAAGUAGAACUGCAAUACGGAGCUGACCAACUUGAGGAGAUAUCGAGGAUAAUCCAGCGGAACUGUCAUCUUAAAUUCUAAAAAAAUGGCCUCCCACAGUCAGUUGAGAAUAACCGUUUGGCUCUGUGUGGUUUUAACCAUAAUCCUGGAUCAACAAUUCACCGCAGAGGCUCGCGUGCGAGAUCUGUGCCAGAUGGUGCCGAGCACUAAUGGAGUCUGUGGACCUACUACCGUGGGAAUCUAUUACGAUCCUGAGUUGCAACGUUGUCAAUACAAGGGCUGCAGCAACAGAAGACUCUUUGGAAGUCUGGAAGAUUGCGACAAGAUUUGCAACAAUCCGCGACACGUGAAGCGCCGCAACCAAGCAAAGGCCAACGAAACUUCGCAUUGAAAACACAAUAUAGAAACAUAGGGAACUGUUGUUAAUUUUAAAUAUGCUUGAAAAAUAUUCUGACUGAGUUUAAAAUGAACCAAGCUUGCAAAUUUGAGUGUAGAACUGGAGUUUUUUAUAACUACCUUGCAUACCCUUUGUUAAGCAGCAAGCAUGUGUUCGCUCCGUUUAUAUAUUAUAUAUAUCUACAAUUCUUCUACAUUUAAACGGAACUUAAAAUUUAAGGAUAUUUUUUUAGUUUUUAAUUUAACUUUAGCUUGAUAUUCAAACUUGUAAAUUUAACUUUUGCAGCAUAACUUGAUUUUAAGUAUUAAAAUACAUACGAUUAAUUCAAACCAACGAACUACUUAUCUAAGACGUUAUCUCAGUAAUGCAACAUUGAAUGUAUAUUAUGUAAUAUAAACAUCAGUUCGUA